AUGAUGCUCGUGGGGUUUGCAUUGGGAUCACAAGAUUUACAAAUAAGUCUCAUAUUGCUGGUGCAGUACUUGAAAGCAUGUGUUUUCAAGUUAAAGAUGUAUUGAACUCAAUGCACAAAGAUGCAGGGGAAAAGGGUGAAAACAGGAAUGCAAAGGGGGAGUUUUUGCUUAGAGUGGAUGGUGGUGCAACUGUUAACAACCUUCUGAUACAAUUGCAGGCGGACUUGUUGGGAUCCCCAGUUGUGAGACCUGCUGAUAUAGAGACAACAGCUCUUGGAGCGGCCUAUGCUGUUGGUUUGGCUGUGGGGAUUUAGGAGGAGAUAU